AUGGCUACCGCCAAGGAGGCAAGAAGAUACAAUGGAGAAAAGAGUGUCUCUAACAAGUGGUGCAAUUUGUCAAAAAGUUCCUUUUAUGAAGAUUUUGAAGAUCUUCAUUUGGAUCUCCACAUGUCUCCCAACAAUGUGACUGAAUUUGUUCUCUUGGGACUCACACAGAAUCCACAUUUGCAAAAAAUACUCUUCAUGGUUUUUUUGUUCAUAUUCCUGGUUACCUUGCUGGCCAAUCUGUUCAUUGUCAUAACCAUCUCCCUCAGCCCCACACUUUCGGCCCCCAUGUACUUCUUUCUCACUCACUUGUCCUUCAUAGAUGCCUCCUUCUCCUCUGUCACCACCCCCAAAAUUACCAUUGACCUGCUCUACCAGAGGACAACCAUCUCCUGGGGUGGCUGCAUGACUCAGCUCUUUUUGGAACACUUCCUAGGGGGAUCAGAGACCAUUGUGCUCAUUGCCAUGGCUUAUGACCGCUAUGUGGCCAUCUGCAAGCCUCUGCACUACACGACUAUCAUGAGACAUGGGCUCUGCCAGCUGCUGGUUGUGGUGGCCUGGAUUGGGGGGAUCCUGCACUCCACUGUCCAGAUUUUUUUCACACAUGAGUUGACCUUCUGUGGUCCCAAUGUCAUUGACCACUUCAUGUGUGACUUCUUCUCACUGUUGGAACUUGCCUGCAGUGAUACCUACUGGCGUGGAAUAGUGAUAUCAGCUAACACUGGCGGCAUGUGCUUGCUCAUUUUUUUCAUGCUCCUCACUUCCUACAUAGUCAUUCUGAGCUCUCUGAAGUCCCAUGGCUCUGAAGGAAGAUACAAAGCCCUCUCUACAUGUGGCUCCCACUUUACAGUAGUGGUGCUCUUUUUUGUCCCUUGUAUAUUUACACACGUACGUCCUGUGGCCACCUAUCCUGUGGACAAGUUGGUGACUUUGUUCUACGCCACCUUCACUCCCAUGUUAAAUCCUAUCAUUUAUACAGUGAGAAACACAGAGGUGAAAAUUGCCAUGAAGACUUUGUUGAAGAGGAGAGUAAGUGAGACUGUUCAUGGUUCUUAG